AGUGACGGCGCUCAGUCGAACUGAGUUCGCCACAUUUAUUAAAUGGUUAAGUAGUCAUAUGGAUGAUAACGAGAACAAGGAGGCUAGAAAGUGGUAAACUCCUUUUUUACGUGACUUCCUUGACUUCGUAAUCGUACAUAUUUAGGAUGGUGGUCCAGGAAGAGACUUCUGUAUUAACUAGUGAGCAUCAAGACGAUCAGGAUACUGAGAUUUCGAAGGAGCAGAAACAGUACUCGCUGGAGAUUCUCAAGAUAAUUAAAGAUGCACAACAACAGCAUGGCUUACGUCACAAUGAUUACCAGCGUUAUCGAGGAUACUGUUCUAGGCGAUUAAGACGUCUGCGAAAAGUUCUUAAGGUUCCUCAAGGGGACAGGAGACAUUUCAAACGUCGCGAUGUCACAAGCGCGAUGGUUAAUGAUGAUAAAUUUCUGCAAGUUCCAUUGACGAUGGCUGAGCGUGCUUGGAGUUAUGCCAUGCAGCUUCGGCAGGAAUCUAAUACCGAACCUAGGAAGAAGUUUCAUCUUGUUUCGCGUUUAAGAAAAGCAGCUACGUAUUCUUUACAGUUGCAAGAGCUAAUUGAGAGUAUCAAUUGUGAUGCUCGUACAAAAUUGGAGGCACAAGCAUAUGUAGCUUGGAUACAUGGAUCACUGCACUUUGAGCUACAGCUAUGGAAACCUGCUAUGGAGAAUCUAAAAAAGGCUCAAGUAGUUUAUGAAAAGCUAGCAUCAGCCUUACCUGAUGUGGAGCAGCUUAUUUAUAAGGCUCGAGUGGAAGAGCUUGCUCCAAGCUUACGUUACUGUGCCUAUAAUAUUGGAGAUACCUCAGCCAUUGAUGAUCUAAUGCAAAUGCGUGGCCAACUUAGUGGAGAGCUCCUGGCAAACUUGGACUCUUUGAUGGCACAGACACGAGAAAAACAAGCUAACACAGAAGAGGUUGUAUGGCGUGGAAAGUCUUGCGGUGCUGUGCCAUCCCGUGCGGCCGGAUUGCUGAUUGCUGAUUCUCGCCUAAACCAGACCCUGUCCAAGGCAACCAGUAACCAGGCUAAAAUUGAUUUAUUGGAAGCGCACUUGAUCGAUUGUAAGGACGCAAUAGCUGCCGUUCGCGAAUUCUUUAAGAACGAGCAGAAAACCCGAGACACGGAUAAGAACAGCCCGUCACAGCAUCUGGUGUCCUAUUUACAGUAUAUCAGACUGUCCAGGACUUUGGAGCGCAACUUGGCUCUUGUUAAAGUAGCACAGGAAUCGGAAAAGGCCAAGCCCCAGGAUAUCGUACGUCUGUACGAGGCAGCAUUGCAUAAUCUAGUAGAGAUGUCCCAGUUGCAGGAUGACGAGGAAUAUCUCCAGGAACAGGACGUGAAGACUAAAGGCUAUCGUGCCUUUAGGUGCUUCUACAUGGCACAAUCUCUGGUGAAUCUACAUCGAUGGCGCGAGGCCAUGGCUCUGUAUCAGAGGUCAUCGCAGCAUGCCAAAGAUGCUCUGAAACAUGAGUCCAUUCUGCCUGGUGACUUGAAAACCGCACUGCGAGAAUUGGAAGUCUCCAUUGAGGGUGCGCAAUAUGCAGCCCAUGCUCAUAGUGUUCUGGAGGAGGGUCAGGAAGAGGAGCCUGGAACUAACAAGCAGACUAAGAGCAAGAAGCCUUUGUGUGAAAGAUUACAUGAGUAUAGAGAGGAUUCAUCAUUGUUGACUAAACAGCCAAAUGUUUAUAAGUUACCACCUCCGAUGCAGAGUAUUCCUUGCAAGCCACUAUUCUUCGAUUUGGCAUUCAAUAUGGUGGAGUUUCCAGAUCUUUCCAAUAAAGUUGGGGAUCAAGGGAAAAAAGGAGGCCAGGCUGGUCUUACUGGAUUCGUCAAAGGACUCUGGGGAUGGGGCAAUAAAUAAAAUAUGGUGCCUCGUUAACACGGAUUUAAAAAGUCGCAAUUUUUGGACGGGUUGCUGAGGCAGCAAUAACAGGACUCCUGAUACGCUAUAUAAUUUCAUUUUAUUGGUAUAUGGUCUUCAAUACUCGUACAGGAUGCUUCAUUAACUCGACAGAAAUUGCGUUAUUAUUUGUAUUAAUGGUAUGCCGUCAAAUAAAGAUGAUUUUAAACAAUUA